AUGUCAGCUGUCUACCUCCUCCUCCUGCUGCUCCCCCUGGUGUCAGCACAGACCUUUCGCUGGGGUCCCUGUCCCAAUCCUAAAGUGCAGCCCAGCUUUAACAUUCAACAGGUAAGCACACACACGUUUGUACUUCCUCAUAUGAGACAUCACUUGACUGUAUAAAACUAACUGAGCCUCUCUGUUACAGUAUCUGGGUCGCUGGUAUGAGAUCGCGAAGCUGCCUGCUAACUUUGAGAGGGGAAAGUGCAUCGAGGCGAACUACGCUGUGAGGGAGGAUGGAACCAUCCGGGUGUACAACACUCAGCUGUAGUGAGUAUUGAUAACUUUGGUUUUAUUGAUCGUUUUCAGGAACUUUUGAUGCCUUUAUCAGAGGAGAAAAAGUGGGAGAUGAACAGUGACAAAGGACAAAUGGCCAGGUUUGAACAUGGGCCUCCUGCUCCACAGCGCUCUCUUGCUGUUGUCUAGUGGAUACAGUUUUUAAAAAUGCCCUUUUGUUGCUCUUCUCAGUGGAUAAAUUGUAAACAAAGUGCUCUCUGGUUAAUCUUUUUUGAGUAAAAUCUUAAAACCAAGGUUUUAGUUGCCAUUUUAGUAAAAACAAAUGUAAACAAAGUGCCCACUGGAUGCUCUUUGUAGGAGAUCAAUUGUAAUCGAACACCCUCUGGCUGCUCUCUGUCAAUGGUAAAAUGUAAACAAAGUGCUCUCUGGUUGCUCUCAGUAGUGGAUAAAAUGUAAACAAAGUGCUCACUAGUUACUCUUUUUUGUUUGAUACCUUUUAGCCAAGUCUUUAGUUACCGUUUAGCAGAAACUAAUUUCAACAAAGUGCCCUCUGAUUGCUUUAUUUGUGUAUGAAAUGUAAAUGAAGUUCUCUCUGGUUGCCCUCUGUAGGGGAUCAAAUGUAAACAAAGUGCUCUCUAAUUUUAUUUUUUUUUGUGUAAAACCUUUUAGCCAAGUUUUUUGUUACUAUUUUAGCAGAAACUAAUUUAAACUAAUUGCACUUUAAUUUCUCUUUUUGUGUAUGAAAUGUAAACCAAGUUCUCUCUGGUUGCCAUUUUAGUGUAUAAAAUGUAAACAAAGUGCCUGUCUGGUUGCCUUUCCUGGUAUAGAUGUAAACAAAGUUGUCUCUGCUUGCUUUCUCAAGGAAAGGAUGUAAAUAAAGUGGUCUCUCGUUGCCCUGCGUAAACAGAGUGUCCACUGGCUGGUCUCCUGCAGUGUAUGAAACAGAAACAAGUCUAUUUAAAUUGUUUUUUAAAAAAUCUGCCAUUUUUGUGUUUCAGUAAAGGCAAAAAGAGGGCGGCAGAAGGGACAGCAGUGAUUCCUGACAUGAGAGAACCAGCCCAACUCGGAGUCAGUUUCUCAUAUUGUAAGUCCUCAUCUUUAUCUUUGCUGUAUUUUUUUACCUGCUGCUGUCACACACACGGUUUUUGGUCUCAUCUUUCUGUCCUCUUGUUGUAGCGCUGCUUUGUUGUCUUUCACAAUCAUGCCGGGUUUUAUAUUUAUAUUCAAAAAGACUCAAAUGUCAGACUCUACAAAAAUGCCAAAAGUUGCUCUGAGAAGCAGUUUUUUUCCAGACUCCUCUCCUCACUGAGCUCAUCUCGGCAAACAUACCUUUAGAAUGAUGAUCUAUCUGCUGACAUGUGAUGCAGCAGCUGUGGUGAAUCAUCUAUUUCGGUCGUCUUUGUUCUCAGUUUGAAAUGUUGAUGUAAACAUAUUUACAGCCCUUUUCUUUUGUUUCUUCUUUCUGCUUUCAGUCACUCCCUACAGCCCGUACUGGAUCCUAACCACAGACUACACCGGUUUGUCUGUUGUGUAUUCUUGCACAGACAUCUUCCGCAUUUUCCACAUCGAAUUCGCCUGGAUCCUCGGCCGGUCCCGUUUCCUAACAGCAGCUGAGGUACAGUACGCCAAAGGGAUACUGAUAAACGAGGGGAUCGAUCUUUUCAGGAUGACAAAUACGGAUCAGAGUGGCUGCAAGGACGACUAGACACUCAGUGCAAUGCAACUUCGGACUGAAUACUCACAAAACUGCUCCAUCGAUCAACAUUAUGUCCAACAAACUGGGCUAAAUGCUAACCUGUAAUGCUCUCUCUAAUAAUAUGCAUAUGCACUGUGUCUCAUCUCAUUUUUGCUGCCUUUUGUUUUUGUCUUUAAAAACAGACACACAGACUUCAAUCAACCUGCAUAAAUGAUCCAUUUUAACUGUUUUUAAGUUGCUUUUUAGUUUAACAUGUAGUCAAUAACCUUGUCGGGAAAAUUAAACAUUGAAAGAAAUUUUAAGAAUAUAUACUGAAGUUUUUUAUGAAGUAGAUGCUGCUUAGUGGGUGACAAAUGAAGGAAAUUCUAGGUGUUAAUCAACAGGGUUUAAUGAAGUUUUACACUGUGAGUUUAUUGAACUUAUAUUGCAGAGUUUGGGAAGGUUGAAUAAUUCACCUAAUGAUCAUAGACGAAAAUGCUCAAGUAUGUAGAUAUCUUUGACAUCAUGUCUCCCUUGUUGUGUCUUCUGACUGAAAGAAUAAAACAUCAACAAGAUCAUUUGUAUCUGCUCUUUUAAUAACGUUCUCGGGACAGACAGUCCUUCACUCCUCUGAGCGCUGCUUCUCCUGUAUGCAGAUUUACACAGGUAACAGGUGACAGGCGUAAUCCACUGAGCUCCGGAGAGAGGUACUUGUCUCUCACUUACUUGUUAAGCCGGCCUCACACUUUGACUUUGAUAUCUUGGUUAAUUUCACACUGGUGAUUCACAGACACGGAAUUUCAAAGAAUCACUGAUGCCUUUUGUGGUAUGUCAUUGUAAGACAUUGUAAAGGCACUGGUUUCUUUGCCAUGUUGAUUCCACAGAAAGAAAUGAUAACAUGCAAGAACAGCUGGAAAUAUCAUGGAAUCAUUUCUCUGUAAGCAGUAUGAUCUGCACAGUUGCUCGUGUGUGUGUGCGUGGCUGUGUGUGUGUAUGUGUGUGUUUGAAAGUCCUCUUGCUCUUCUGCACUGAGCCUCACACACCACAGACCGCAGUGAACCUGAGAGGACCAGCAGCAUCUCUCUGCACCUCUUCUCACACCAUUUACAGGUAAAACUCACUCAUCUUAAUUCGAAUGUUUUCCAACAAAAUUAAGUCGAUUUGCAUUAAAAAGAAGACAUUCUUCAAGAUUUAUGGGUCAAAUAUUUUUGCAUUUAAAAAGAGACUGUGUUGACUGAAUUAAAACCUGGAGUAUUCUGGGUGUUGUUGUUCAUUUAAGGCGGAAAAGAUGAAGGUACUGAUCUGGCUCGGUGUUCUCCUCUGCCUCUUUGCUUGUCAUCUUGGCGGUAAGUUUUAGAAAAUACACACUCCAGAAAUAAUGAUUUUUAAAGGCAAAGUACAUCUUUUUUUACUGCUAAUUAAGUGUUAAAGUUAUGUAAUUUAGUUUUAUACAUGCAUGCAUUUUGAAGUUUUUCUGUAUAUCAUUCCUGCAUGAUUCCCUCAGUUGUUGUAUUUAUAGGACUUCACUUAUUUUGGGUAUCUCAAUGAGCACAAAGAGGUCCCUGUCCGAGAAAAAAUCUUAAUGCUUCAGACUAUGUGAGUGUGUUUGAGUGUGUCUAUGUGUGUGUGGAUGUCAGCAAUAAUAUUUGAAGAGGGAGCAGGUAUCCAGCCAUCCUCAGGGAGAGAGAGAGCUCAGUUUUCCGACCUUGAAUCCAGUCUUUGUGCUCAGGAGGACCUGGAAUGUUUGGGAAUGUUAAUUUUUUCUCUCUUUCCUCCUCACAGAGGCACGAGUCAUCCCAGAAGGAGGUACUGCAAUAAAAAUGCCAUUAUAUUAAUGAAAUAAGAUAAGAUCCUGGACUUAAAGACGAUUUUAAGGCUGUUUUUAACUUGAUUGUUUUCCUUUUAUGCUGCUUAAUGUCAGAUUGUCUGCUUCAGACCUUUUACUCAGGGGUGAGUGCAGAGGGGUGGCAUAAGCCGUCUUUAAGGGCCACCCCAGGUGCCGCCACAAAAUCCUUAAAUAUGAUUGGCUUCUCUUCAUGUAUGUGCAAGCUUUUGUCUCUUAACAUACUGAAUACAAUUUUCAAAACUCCCCCUAUUUGGUUAAAAAACAUUCAUUAUUUCCAGCAGAGUAAAAAUUAUUAUCUGAAAUUAACUAAAUAAAAUGUAAAAUAUGUUUUUGUUAACCCUCCUCCUGUGUUAGGGUCUGCACCAACCCGUUUUUGUUUUUAGAUGCCUAAAAGAACCACUUAAAUUAGCUUUUUCACAUCAAAAAUUUUUGACUUUGUCAGGAACCUCUAUGUCAACAAAUUAAAAAUAAAAAAAAUAAGUUGACUAAAUUUCAAAAUGGUCUCAUUAAAAUGAUGGCACUUGUCGUGUUAGGGUCGCUGUUGACCCGGUUAGAUCAAUAUCUAAUUGUCAGAGCAAAAAAUCAUAAGUGCACUGUCAGGCAUCACACUGAUAGUCAGAUCCUCUCCCAAUCAUGUGAGAUUUAGAAAAUUCUCAUUUUUUCAUGUUUUCCCUGCACAAAAACAACAUUUUUUUAGUGUAAUAACACAGGAGGAUGGUUAAUGUAAGUAAAAGACACUGUAAGCAACAACUUUUUCCAUAUUCCAGCUAAGUGCUACCACUCUAUCAAACACUCCCUUUAAUUUGAUUUAUUAUGUCUCCUGUCUUUCUUUAGUACCAUACGAUGAACCACCAGCUGUUCCUUACUGGCCUUACUCCACCUCUGAUUUCUGGAACUACAUCGAGUACUUCAGAUCCAUCGGCGCCUACAACCACAUCAACGAGAUGGCCCGCGCCUUCUUUGCCCACCAACACCUCGGGGACACCCUGGGAUAUGAGACCAAUGCAGGACAUGAGCACUAAGAGAAGAGAUGGAUGGUGCUAGGAUAGACAGGAGGGGGGUUUUCAGACUAGUUUUAAGGUGACAUAAAGGAACAAUUGAGA